AUGCCCUUAAAACUCAAACCCAAACCCCCCUCCCACACAAGCAUCCGCACCUCCCCCCUCGAAGUCCUCCAUCUCAGCAUGCCACGCACCGGCUCCGUCUCCAUGAUGGCCGCCUACCAAAUCCUCGGUCUGCGCACGUACCAUGGCUUUGACUUCGUCGAGCGCACAAGCGACCAGGUGCAAUGGGAGCGAGCCAUUGAUGCCAAAUUCUACGGCAAGGGCAAGCCGCUAGCGCGCGAGGACUACGAUGCGUUCCUGGACGACUUUCACGUCCUGUCGGAUAUGCCGGUUAUUGGGUUUUCGGAGGAGUUUGUGGAUAUGUAUCCGGAGGCCAAAGUAAUCCUCGUCGACCGCGACAUCGAAAAAUGGUACCACUCCUUCAGCACCUACGUCCUCUCCGCCGGCUACACCUGGACCGUCCUCUUUAUCCGCUACAUGCUAGACCCCUUCCUAGCCGCUCGCCCCGCAACACUAAUGGUCAAGCUUGAGUAUGCCAUGUUCAACGCCUCAAAUCGCGCAGGCCUGUACCGCAAUGCGAAGGACACAUAUCGCAGACACUAUGCGAUGAUCCGCCGUAUUGUGCCCAAGGAGCGGCUGCUGGAGUAUAAGCUAGGCAGUGGCUGGGAGCCGUUGUGUAAGUUUUUGGGCAAGGAAGUGCCGGGGCCGGAGGUGGAGUUUCCGUUUUGA